UCCUAUAUAAAAUAAUCGAUGAUCAGCGUGAUUAGAGCGCUGGCCUCCGUCAGGGAUCACCUUUAAAUCACCGUGAACGUCCACGGACCUGCAGCGCCCUGUACCUGAAGGUCGUCGUGUAGCUGCAGCUUAAAUGAUUCAACUUCGGCAAGCAUAGUCCCGGUCGUGCGCCCAUCGCAAACUAAUGAAAUUCCGGGACCAAUGUUGACGAGGCACGACACACGCCAGCGGCCUGCGAAAAUUUCCGUGCGUCUAAAUUUAUUCCAUCGCCUGGCUGACUGGCUGCCGUAGCAGCGCCCGAUACCCAGAUUCCUUAUCAGAGGUUGAGUGGCCGGCGGCGGGGUGAUUCCGCAGCACGCGGCCAGCCCGCUCUAAUCACAUCGCUCACAUGCGUUCGCAACGCUCCAGAGCAUCGGAACACGACCAGGCCGCUAUCGCCGGGGUCGAGGCUUUCCAAAAGCCAACGAAAAGCCUCUCCACCGCCGCUAUCAUCCGACAUUGCCGGCGAAAAAAGCGAAGAAUGCACGCGUCUCUGUUUUGUUUUGGUUUUUAUUAAUAGCUCUCAAUUUGUUACCGGGCCCGUCACUCUUGAUAUGAUUGGAGUGGUGCCAAACCGAUGCUAGCCGAUGAGGAAAUACCCUUAAAGUAGUCACAACCAAUAUAGAUAGUGAAAUGCUCUGUUCUUUCAGGGAAUAACACGCCUAAGAUUCUCCUAAUAUUGGUUGUACCCACAACUAGAAUAGCCAAAAUAGCUGAAGGAAACUUUUAGUCUGAGCUGUCGGAAGACCUUGAAAUCCCAGCGCUUAUCUGAUGUCUGAAUGAAAUUAGCUAUUAUUGGGAAAAAUUGUCAAGGCGGCAACAAACCCGAGUACUUGAGAUAUGGCCAACACACAAAAAUUUUUCUAUUUAAGCUAUUGGAUCUAUUUGGAUCGGCACACAAACACUCCUCUUUUGAGACUACGAGUUGUAAACCCAAAUUUUUAAUGGAUAAACAUGAACCUACGUUGCUGCCGUUUAUUAUGGACAUGCUAAGUCGCGAGCCGCAAAUGUGCUCUUCUGUGGACGACUUGGUUGAGAACAUCAAGGACGUUAUGCUCGAGGAGCACGUCAGAGCCUUCGGAAGCCUCAAGCGUGCGGUGGAGUUUGCCCUGGAGUUGGGCGUCAACCUGGGCAUCAUCUCGCUGGCCGCUAGGAAGGUCCGCAUUCCCCCUACUUAUCGCAGAAGUACACACAAGACUAAGGUGCCCGUGAGCAACAGAAUCCCUGUCCGCUUGGGACGCCAGCUGGUCAAGCAGCGAAUGGCGAUGACCUUGGCAACCAAGCUGGCAGCCAAGAAGCGGUCAGGAGGACGCCUAAAAAGGGCCAAGAAGACUGCUGGGGUAGCGCCAAAGAAGUAACUUGGGGACAAACCAUGGCUAUCUCUGUUCCGUCCAAUAAAUAAUACAAUUGCGAAUGGCUUGCAA